CAUCAGGCGUUUGAAAUGUGUGUCAUUUGAGUUUAACGUCCACGGGUGUCGAUUGAUCCUCGCAUCUCGACUCUAAGCUAGCUCGCUAAGCUAGCGAGCUUGGUGCUAGCUGCUGCAAAUUUAGCCAGAGAGAUCUUUUUUUCCCCUUCCUUCUCUAAACCAGCCCCUCAGCUUCUGCUUGUUAUAAGGAAACUCUUACGAUUGAUUUUAACACCAACUUCUUGAAAACGGCGUUUCAGUGUGCUGUUGCGUCACCCACCUCGGGUGCCAUGGUCCUCUGUUACACAUGAGCUCUACUAUGUGGUACAUCAUGCAAAGCAUUCAAAGUAAAUACUCCUUGUCCGAGCGGCUCAUCCGCACCAUCGCAGCUAUCCGCUCAUUCCCACACGACAAUGUGGAGGAUCUUAUUCGUAAGGGAGCUGAUGUGAACCGGAUGCAUGGCACACUUAAACCACUGCACUGUGCCUGUAUGGUCGCUGAUGCUGACUGCGUGGAGCUGCUGCUAGAGAAGGGGGCAGAGGUGAAUGCUCUGGAUGGAUAUAACCGCACAGCCUUGCAUUAUGCGGCAGAGAAGGAUGAGAGCUGCGUGGAGCUGCUGUUGGAGUAUGGGGCCCUGCCAAAUGCCCUGGAUGGCAACAAGGACACUCCACUUCACUGGGCCGCCUUCAAAGAUAACCCAGAGUGUGUGAGAGCCUUGCUGGAGAGCGGGGCCUGUCCCAAUGCCCGUGACUACAACAAUGACACACCUUUAAGCUGGGCAGCAAUGAAGGGCAACCUGGAGAGUGUCAAAGUGCUAUUAGACUACGGCGCCCAGGUCCAUGUGACCAACCUGAAGGGCCAGACCCCUAUUUCCCGACUGGUGGCCUUGCUAGCCCGGGGCCUGGGCACUGAACAGGAGGAAGAGUGCCUGGAGCUGCUGUGCCGGGCAGCAGGGCGGUUUGAGAUCCGACGAGCUGACGGCACCCUUCCCAGGGAGCUGAGUAAGGAUCCCCAGCUGCUGGCGAGGCUUACCAACAUGGUGGCGCAGGCUCCCUCACUUCGCUCUUUGGCACGCUGUGCUGUCCGGCAGAGUCUCGGAGUGCAGUUCCUCCCCACUGCUGUUAAAGAGCUUCCUUUACCAGAGACGAUUAAAGACUAUCUACUGCUGAGAGACUGAGGUGGUGAAACCAUUGGGUGCUCUCAGACCUCACUGGCUGAUCAUCACACAGCAUUUAUUGGCUAGGAAGUCUCCAUUGAAUUAUAGGAUAUUGUCUGACAGUGGCCCUCAUUUAUCAAACCGUCUUGCAAAUGAAUACAGAUUUAUGCACUGGGAGAGAUGUCUGUUUGAAUUAUCUAGUGGUUGCACAAUAUUUAAAUGAGCAGUGAUUUUAGUUCAGAUUGAUGCAUCUGAUCAGUUUCAGCUGUAGGAGCAAAAUUGCACCGCUGCAUUAUCUUUGUAUUGUUACAUAAAAACAUCUAAAAAUGAUUACUUUUUGGUGGUGACUCCCCACAUGGUAAAAGGAAAUCAACAAAAUGUAGUCAGCCCACCCUGCAUGCAGUAUAGAAAGAAACUAUCUGGGUUGUUGGUCUUCAUCAUGAGGCUCAUUACCCUCGUUACCACCACUGAGGUGCGCUUGAGCAAAGCCUAUAAUCCCAGUGGCCUUCAGAUCAUACUGGUUGAACUGGGCAGCUUCCUGGUGUAAAUGUGUUAAACUGCGUGUGAUCAGGGUGUUUACUGCAAAGAAAGGCUUCCUGUCAUGGAAAGAAAUCACCCAGCUGUUCUCAACAUGGUCAUGAAGAGCCAGUGCAUCUUUGAGAUUUUAAGUAAGAAUAUUAAUUUUUUUGUGUGCAAAAUUCACAAUAUCAAAUAUCACAUUUUAAACUUAAGUAGAGUUAAAACAAUAUACUACUAUGGUUUGUCACAGAGCAUGAGGAAAAUCUUGUCAAAUAUUGAGUUUGGUGGUAAAUCUAUUAUCCUGAUUAUACAAUUACAUCUAAGACACAGUACCAGUGGAAAACUUUUGACUGGUACUGUAGGUUUAUGAAUGAGGGUUAAUGUCGUAUUCUGUCGGGGGGUGUUGUUCCUGAAGUAGCGCUCAGGAACGAGUGUUACGUAGUUUGUGUCAUAGUUCGAGUGGCCGUCUUUCUCUCAAUGACGUCCUAGGGAAACUCAAUGCAAUCGUUUUUGCAAUACAGAGGAGAAAAAAACAUCUAGUCCACUGAAAAAGUUAAACACUGAUGAAAGUGAUGUCAACAUGCCUGCUGUCCUGCGUGAUUAAGAAUAAUUUGGGCUUUACUUGGAUGAAAGGUGCAGUUGCCAAGGAGGAAUUAAAGGUUUUAUUUUUUACAAUUCUUCAGUCUUAACUUGCAAAAGUUGGGUUAUCAUGGGUGCUCACUGGUCCAAGAUUUUGCAGCAUAUGUUUAAAAAUUAUUUUAAAUUGAAUGUCUAAAUGUUAGAAACCAUGAAAUGGCAUGAUUACUAAGUUUUUGUCCUUUUUAAGAUACUCUAAUUAAGCUUGCGAAAUGUAUUUAAGUUUGUAAUUGCAUCUGUCUAAAAUCUGACCAUUUCUGUGCUUAAUUUUUUUUCUUUGUUCUUCAGAUGUAUAAAAAAAUGUCCCUCUUAGAUCAUGUCUUGUGUACACCUGCACAAGUGCUUUUUUUUGUUUGUUUGUUAAUGUAAUGAAAGUAAAUGCCUUUAUAUUCCA